UCGCGGGCUGCGCAGGGAAUAUGGGGGGGGGAGGAAGCGGAAGAGGAGCUGCUGCUGCUGCUGCUGCUGAGGGGAGCCCAGCGGGCGCUGUAGUUGGGGGCCAAACGCUGACGUGUGGCGCGGCUGGCUGGUUCCGAGAACGAAGGGAAAGAAACGUCUGCCUCCCCACCAACGGGAUCCGUUUUCGGUCUCACAGCAACCAGUUUCGAUAUUAAAGGAAACAUAAAAUGAUCAAAUAAAAUGCAUGGAAUGCAUCAUGGACUUUAAGAGCGAUGUCUAAUAAGAUUAGCGGAACAACAUUGGAAUUCCUCAGAUCCAAGAAAAACUAUUCAUAUUCCAUUCAUUUUGCAAUGGUUUUCGAAUGAGUGGAUCAUGAGGAACAUACUUUAGGGACUUGCCAUAGUAUGGCUGCUUCUCGAUCUACUCGUGUUACAAGAUCAACAGUGGGGUUAAAUGGUUUGGAUGAAAACUUUUGUGGCCGAACUUUAAGGAACCGUAGCAUAGCUCAUCCAGAGGAGGUUUCCUCUCUUCCACAAGUAAGAUCAAGAUCACCAAAGAAGAAAUCAGAAUCUCUGCAGACUCAGAAGGGAAAUAACAAUGGAAAAACUAAUGACGUAAAGCAGCAAAGUUCUAGAGAAUCAUGGGUAAGCCCUAGAAAGAGAGGCCUGUCAACUUCAGAAAAGGAUAAUGUUGAGAAACAAAUUGUGGAAAAUUGUGAGAAGAAACAAGUGGAACCUCUCUCACCAGUUUUAAAGAGAAUUAAGCGUUGCUUACGUUCAGAGGCACAACAUAGUUCAGAAGAAGUGCUGCCUUCUAAAACAGGGAAAGAUCGACUGGAACACAAAAAUUCAGUAUCAGACAAUGUCACGGUCAAUCCAGGGCCUAAACGAGCUUGUCGAUGUCUUAUAUUGGACGAUAGUGAUAAAAGGGAGGUUAAAAAGGUAACUGCUUGUGUGGAAAGAUUAAAUAAUUCUUCAGUAACCGGAGAACUCAUAGGUUGUCAAUCUGUCAAUGGGGUUAAUGGGAAUGGCUCAAGUGCUACAAAGUGUGGUGACUGUCAAUUGGAUGGGGCCACUGCACAGAACAGUGUUGAUUCCUGUUCAUCUGAGGAAAAAAGUAUAGCAGAAAAUGGAAAUACGUCAUCAUUUUUUCAUAGCAGAAGUAAAAGGGACAGUUUUAUAGACCACAGUGUGCCUUGCACAAAUUCACAAGAGCAGAUAACAUGUGAGGACCAUAAACAAUUAAAGAACUGUUUGUCUGAGGAAACUGUUAACCAGACACAUGAGUCAGGUACGGGUACGGGGUCCUUUUCUGAAACCCAGUCAUCUUUGUUAAGGGAUUCUGAGGAAGAAGUGGAUGUUGUGGGUUAUAGCACUGUCUCAAAAGAGCAGUCUGAAAACACCAACAGCAACCUGGACAGUUAUUGUGAUAGAACAACUGUCUCAGGUGAACCUGAACCACCAGUUUUGGACUGUGUUUCAGCUCCAAUUUCAUCAACAUCAGAAUCUCAAGAACACAGGUACACACUGAGAACAUCACCAUGGAGGGCAGGCCCAGCAAAAAGUAGCCCUAUUAAACGUAACUCUCCAUGUAGAGAGAAUGGACAGUUUGAGGAGAACAAUCACAGUGUCCCUGAAAAGAAUGUAGAAUCAAGUGUUACUAAUAUCAAUGGAUCUGGUGCAAAUACAGAAAUUGUUCCAAGUGAAAGAGAGAGUUACUAUGAUUCUGGAGAUUUUACAGGGGAAGGACUAAGUAAAUCAACUUCAGAAAAUAGACUUGUUACUUCAUCUCUACCAUCAGCCAAAGAAAGUGCCAGUCUUCAUACUGUAGAAGAAGAGGAGGAAGAACCUGACGUGUAUUUCUUUGAAUCAGAUCAUGUGGCAUUGAAACACAACAAAGAUUAUCAGAGACUGUUACAAACGAUUGCAGUACUUGAGGCUCAGCGUACUCAAGCAGUUCAAGAUCUUGAGAGUUUAGGCAGACACCAGAGAGAAGCACUGAAAGAUCCCAUUGGAUUUGUGGAAAGUCUCCAGAAGAAGGUUGAUGUAGGGCUUCCAUUUCCACAAAGAGUUGUCAAGCUGCCAGAGAUAUCCUGGGACCAAUAUACUACAAGCCUUGGGAAUUUUGAAAGAGAAUUCAAAAACCGAAAGCGUAACAGUAGACGAGCCAAGCUUAUUUUUGAUAAAGGUUUACCUACACGACCAAAAAGCCCUUUGGAUCCCAGAAAGGAUGGAGAGACUACUUCAUACUCUGUUUUGCCUUUUAGCGAUUGCCCAGAAGCUUCAACAAACAACCGUCCACAACAGAUGAUAAGGGGACGACUUUGUGAUGAGACCAAACCUGAAACUUUCAAUCAGCUGUGGACAGUAGAAGAACAGAAAAAACUUGAACAAUUACUUUUGAAGUAUCCUCCAGAGGAAGUAGAAUCUCGGCGAUGGCAAAAAAUUGCUGAUGAGUUGGGUAAUAGAACUGCAAAGCAGGUUGCCAGCAGAGUGCAGAAGUAUUUCAUAAAACUGACUAAAGCUGGUAUUCCAGUUCCAGGCAGAACACCAAAUUUGUAUUUAUACUCUAAAAAGUCCUCUAGUAGGCGGCAACAUCCUCUGAAUAAACAUCUCUUCAAGCCUUCAACUUUCAUGACGUCCCAUGAACCUCCUGUGUAUAUGGAUGAAGAUGAUGACAGAUCCUGUUUUCACAGUCACAUGGCCAAUGCAGCAGAGGAGGAACCAUCAGAUGAAGAAAGUAUCCCUGUAGCAUAUCGUGAAUUACCGGAAUAUAAAGAGUUGCUGAAACUGAAACAGCUGAGGAAGCAGAAGGUGCAGCAAAUUCAUGCAGAAAGUGGCUUUGUUCAGCACAUUGGCUUUAAGUGUGAUAACUGUGGAACUGAUCCUAUUCAAGGCAUUCGGUGGCACUGUCAAGACUGCCCUCAAGAACUGUCUUUGGAUUUUUGUGAUUCUUGUUCUGAUUGUCUACAUGAAACAGAUAUUCACAAGGAAAAUCACCGAUUGGAGCCUAUUUACAGAGCAGAAAUGUUCUUAGAUAGAGACUACUGCAUGUCCCAAGGCCCCAGCUAUAAUUAUCUUGACCCCAACUACUUUCCUGCCAAUAGAUGACAAGGAAAGCAGAAGUGCAACCUGAAAUGUAGUAUCAUUUCUGAAAACCCAACACCGGCACAGUCAUUGAUUCUGUGCCCACUUUGGAAAGACAUUUACUUUCCCAGGAAUGUCAUCCACUGCAUGAGAGCUUCCCAGGUGCCCUUCUCAAAAUACAGCUCUCUGACCCGUCUUGUUACUAGAUCACUAAACAGAGGUUGAACAUUCCUAGUGUGCAGGUGGCUUUACUGGGCAGAUUUUCUUCACUCCACUUUCUUCUUCACUUCACUCCAUUUUCUUCACUUUAAAAAAAAUAAAUCCAAGACAUGAGUUACAAAAGUGUGGCCAGAAAAGAAAGCACACAUUAAGCAUAGUCAAUUCCAGAGGCUUAAAGAACUUGGCUAUUAUGAGACGAAGAGGUGAUAAAAUACUUACAUUGAAACAGUUUAGUAGUUUGCAGUUUUGUUGUGAAAAUAGUCUUCAGCACAGAAACUGACUUCUUUCAGCAAAGUUUUAGCCUGUGGCAGUUUUUGUUUCUAGAACAUGCUCUUAGAACAAUCACUGUCCCUGGGAUGGUCAUAACAGGCCUUGGAGCUGCUUGAUUACGUAGAUGUUUCUUUUACCUCCUCCUCUUUUCCCUUUUUACCACAAAUUUAUUUACCAAGAGUGAAGCACUACGGGGGGCAACUGUGGCGCUGCUUCCUUAACCAGCUCAUGGUGUGUGAAUAUUAUAAAAUUGUCAUGCAGAUAUAUUUUUAAAUGUAAUGUUAUAUAAAAUGACCAUGUGAUGUGUACAAAAAUAUGGUGAAAAGUGCCAGUGGUAGUAACUGUGUAAAGUUUCUAAAUCCCCACCAUUAACUCUUACGGAAUACACAGCUUUCUGCCUCUGUAUUUAGAGUUGUUAAUGCAACUCAUCAAAGAAAACUGCCUAAUAUAAAUCAUAUAUGGUAAUAAUUUUCCUCUUUUGUAGUAUGCACAAGAUCCAUGAAAGAUUGUAUUUUUAUUACUAUUUAAACAAGUGAUUAAAUUUAGCCUGAACAGUGAGCAAGACUUCACAUGCAUUCUUUUAUACUGCUGGAUUUUGUUGUGCAUCAUUUAAAACAUUUUGUAUGUUUCUUCUUAUCUGUGUAUACAGUCUGUUCUUAAAUAAUGUUCAGUUGUCAGGAGAACUGUGAGAAAUAAACUAUGUGGCUACAGUCUGUUUAUAUAUAGAAUGGUUACUGUGACUUUUUUCUGAAGAGGUUUGAUUUUUGAACCAACAUUUCAAUUUGAGAAUACCAGUUAGGCUGUAGAGGGAAGGGGUGCCUCAUCCUAGUCUUUGUCUAGCUGUUUCAUGCAGCCUCUUCCAGGAUAAUGCUCCAGCACCCUGAUUCAAACACAUCCACUAAGUUCUGCACAGAACCCUGUAUAUGCUCUAAUUUGCAGGUGCACCACUUGUGUGGGGGCAGAUUUGCACAGCCAGAGGAAUGCUCUUGCAAAGCGCUUUCCAUUGUGGAAACAUGGGGAAGCAGUUGUGGGUACAUGUCAAGAGUUGCUAUGUCUUUAAGAAACCACUGGAUCAAAGCGAUUGCAUGGAAGAAGAUCUCAAAGAAGCCCUUAAGACUUCUGUGUAACUUGUUUAAGACCACGAUGCAUGUUUCCUUGUAUUUGCUUUACAUAUCCUUCCCCUUCUCCAAUCUCUUUAUAAAAUAAGGCAUUUUGGUACGCUUUAUUAGCUGAAAAAUAGCAAUGAUUGAGAAAGCUUUGUAGCAUUUGCUAUAUAUUUUUAGUUAAUAUAUCAUUUCAACAUGUAUAAGUUGUGAUUCAGAAAUGCUACUUAUUUUAACUGUAUUAGAUUUCCACUUGCUUAAACGAAAAACUUGAAUUUUGGAAGUAACUUAGUAUAUGUGUUUAAUAAGUUAAACUACAGCAGUAACUAACAAGGAGUUGACUGGCUUGUUUAAUAACAGAAUUUCAGUUUAAUUUCAGUGUUAAUUUUCACAUUUUGUUUAGGUGUACUCUCUGUUAGAGGAGUUGAAGUAUUUUUAAUGGAUAGAUGAUGCAGUAUCAUUUCUAAAUGACAUCGUCUGUAAGCAUAUCUCAUUCUUUGAGAAAUUAAUAAAUCAGAAUAUAUAUAAUAUAAAAUAAUACACCUGAUGUAUUUCACUUUUCUCUUUAAUGGAAGCAAAACUGUAAUGCUUUGGGAAACUAGUAUCUAAUGCAAAUAUAGAAGAUUAUAUUUUAUAUCAGAUUAUACGUUCUUUGUGCACAGAUACUGCUUUCUGAUGUUAGGUUUGCUGACACUAUUCCAGAUUUAUCAUAUGGGCAUGCUCUAUGUACUCAUUUUCCAUUACUAUCAUUUGGAUAGAAGAUUGAUUCAGGCCAUCAUUCUGGAUUUAGGUUCUUCCAUAAACAAGGCUGUAGAGAUGUGGAAAAUGUUCCAGGGUUGAAACUUUCCAACAUCAAAAACACCCCUUUUGGAAGAAAUCCAGUCUCAGCAAAAUAGGGCAUUCUAAACCCUAUCUUGCAGGUUAGACUGGCCCAUCUUUGAAACAGGAUAUUUGGGGACAUAACAUUUCAGCUUCAGAGCAUUUUGCACAGCUCUUUAAGGCAAAGAGCUCUAUACUGGUUCCAGUAUAAAGCCAUAGUUCCCAAUGGAUUUAUGUGGCAAGGAAAACUGAUUCUUGUUCUGUUAUUAAGUAUCUCAUUUCUCCUUUCUAGUUAGUUCAAGACAUAUUUUCCUGUCCAAAUAAUGGCUUUACAGAUCUCUUAAAGCCAUAUUGGAAAAGGUAGAUGGUUUUCUCUGAAAUGUGCAUGACAAAAGCUGUUUUUCAAGACUCAGGCUUCCGACUAUACAUCGCUUCUUAGAAACGAGAAACUAUACAUUAUACGUUUUCAGCAAUUGACUGUACCCUACCAUCCUUAGGCUGGUCUAUGACCAUAAUAAAGAUUUGACACGUUUUCAGCAAAGAUUCAAAUACCCUUUCAAUUUAAAAUUCUGUUAUUUCCCAUUGCCCUUUACUUAGCGGAGAGAUUUUUCAGUUCUUGUUCAAAGUGCAAACCAAGUUUUUAUAUGGUUCUUUUCAAACAGCUGAAAUUUGUAGUAUAAGUGUUAAUAUUUUUUUGAGAUUGUCAAAUGUUGUAUUCAAAUACAACUGUCUUGUUUUGAAAGUUGUACCACACCUGUUUUUUUAGUGGAAGAAUGUGGGAAGAUGUCAUCUAAAAGACUGGAACAAAUGUUCAUAACCACAAAACUACAAAAGUUUUCAAAAAUUCAAGACCCUGCACCCAAUUAAGUGAAAAUGUUUUUAUGUGGCUUUGGAUUGGGUACCUAAUUGUAUUUCAGAAGCCUAAAUAUGAAGAGUAAAAUUUAUUACCUUCAA